AUGCACAGAAAUUUAAGCAGAGCCUUAUAUGACGAGUCUUCCACUAAGGAUUUAAUUUACAGCUUAGAACCCAAGGAAAGAAGUUUACUUUUUGCUGAAAUGCAAAAGUUUGAGCAGAGACGUCUGGAAUCAGAAGAAAUCCCUCCAAGCCUGACACAACUCAGGAUCUUGGCUGUCCACAAUAUGUUACCGUUUAUUGGUUUUGGAUUUUUAGACAAUUUUCUCAUGAUUGUAGCAGGAGAAUAUAUAGAUACUACUCUAGGAAUGACUCUAGGUAUUUCAACUAUGGCAGCUGCUGGGCUGGGUAACAUGAUAUCAGAUGUGUGUGCAAUCGGAUCAGCAUCCUAUGUGGAAAGAUUAGCUUUAAAAUUUGGUGUACCAAUCCCAGAAUUAACAGCUUAUCAAUGUGACUUAACUAGAACAAGAUGGGUCUCAAAUUUAGCCAAAGCGUUUGGUGUAGGUUUAGGAUGUAUAAUUGGAAUGUUUCCCUUGUUGUUUAAACACGAUAACAAGAAAUGUGGCUCCAACUCGGACUCCAAGUCUGAAAACAAGUCGUGA